AUGUUGUCUGACGCCCCGACGGCCGCAUGGCAUCCCGCCAUGAUGCCGAAUUUCUCUGCGGAUGUUGCGGCCGACGCCAGCAUAUCCGAGUCGGACAAACCUUACAACCCGCGACCCGAAGCUGCUCCCAGUGCGCAGUCCGAAGAACCCCCGGCUCCGGAGCCUGUCAUCGAUGCGCCCCGGACUCGUGAGAGCUCAGUGGCAGAUGAGUGGUUCCCAAACUACGAGGUCGGCAGCCCGCGGAAACAAGACCCGGAGCCCCAGGCAGAGAUGCCAGUGCGACUUGAAGAACCGGAGCUUGGGUCAGGGCUCGAAGCCGGAGACGCGCCGUUGCAGGAAGAGGAGCCUUGGGCGCAUAACGAAGAGACGCCAGCCGAUGUGGUUGAUACAAUAGAAACCGACGAGGUUGCCCAACCUCAAGCCGAAGCCAUUCAAGACCCUCAAGACGCGAAUUCGUCGGCACCGAAGCAUGUGAGCAGCGAUUCGUUCGCACGCACCGUCUCCCACCAACCGAAUUGGAUGGACGAUGAAGAACCCGAAUGGAGCUUGCCCAGGGCCGAGACCGACCUUUUCAACAGGUACAUGCCGCCGAACGAAAGGACCAACUCGUUUCCCGUGGUACCGCAGUCAGAACAUCACGAGAACGAGGUGGUUGAACCACUCCCCGCAAACCAAGCCGAAGAUGUGCUUCACGAAAUAGAGCACGAAUCCGAGUCCCUCACGCGCGAGGAUGAGGACGGCGCCAUGUCACAUUCGAACAAUGCGCUACAUCAGGACAACUUCUGGGGGGACGAUGACGCGGAAGCAGGGUUUAUUACCCAGGGAGGCGACAUGCAAGCGCCCGAGGACGAGGCUUCAGACGCCAGAUACGCCGAAGGAUUGCCGUUGAUUGAUCAUCAGGAUGCUGGAGAGCCAGCACAAACAGAGUCCAGUGAAAAACAAGAUCCUUUCUCCCUGGAUGGAGAGGAUGAUGACUUUUUCGACCAGGUGGCAGCGGGCGGAAAUGAUGCGGAAGCUGAAAACUUCUCGCCCGGUCAGCUAGAAAGAAAGCCGACGAUGCAAGUGCUCAACGGCCUCGACACGGGCGGCUCCAAAGGUCUAGGUGGCCUUGUCGAGGACACGCUAGAAGAGGAAAAGGAAGACGAAGACGAAAGGCGAGUUGAGCCUGUGGCCCAAGAAGAGCCUACAAAACCCACCGAGGACUCUGUCGCAGCAGAGGCGCCCAGGGCUGCUGGCCAAGAAGCCCAGGAACCCCGUGGUGAAGACAUCGCUGCAAAAUGGUCCGAGGCCUUUGCGAGCGAUGAUGACGACGGCUUCCUUCUCGAGGACGAGCCUGUCGCGGAUGGCUCGGACCAGAAAGCAGUGGAUCCAUCUGCCUUCUUCCUCGAUGAUGAUGAAGGAUUCCUUGAGGACGUUGAAGACACAACAGCUCCGCAGGCCCCUCAGCCCUCUUCAAAUAUCAGUCAACCGGCUCAAACACCAGCCUCGACUACUGGCAGCAGAUAUCUCCCUACGAGCACCACGCAACCCGGCGCGGCUCGCUCACCCAAUCCGUAUAUCCCGAGUGCUUCACCGGCAGUGCCACAACCGCAGAUUCUUAAUUCCGUUCCUCUGACCCCUCCUGUCGCCGCAAAUCCUUAUACUGUUCAGCCUCCACCACUCCAACACUCAACAACAGCGCCUCUUGGAGCACACCCUGCACGCCCGCCCGCGGUAAACAAGGCACAGAGUUUCGCAGACAAGGCCAAGGGUGGUUACCAUUCCCCUUAUGACCUUCCGAUGGAAGUCGUCAAACCGAAGAAGCGGGCCAGUCUACAGCAAAUGCCCCGGGCAUCACCAGCCCCAGUAUCCGGGCCCCCAGCGCCCCCGAGGACUUCAAGCAUGCAUAGCCAGGGACCACCUGUGUCACAUAUUUCGCCAGCGCCCGCUCACGGCUCUAUGGCCCCGGGCCCCGAUCAAAUGCAGAACCCUACACCGACUAUAUCGCCCCAGUCAUCUGUCCACCCUGGCCAGGCGCCUCCAGAUACCAAACGUCCGCAACAAUUGAAACCCAAAGCCAGCUUCUUCGAGGACCUCCCAUCGUCUCACAAGCUCGUCACGGUACUCCCCAGCACCACCUCAGGGCUCAAUACAAAGUGGUUCGGCACCUCCCCCGAUGAGUCGAUAUUCUCCCGCGCCUCCUGCUCAACGUUCCGCAGCGACACCACCUACUGUGUUGCCUCACCUGCCCAGGACGUCCACCGUAGCAAUUCCACCUCGUACGAGCCAAGGCUGAACAGGAUGACAUCUCUACCUCCUACGCGCGAAGUCGAAGAGGAAGACCCGUCCGCCCAACCAACAGUCGGCGCGCCUCCCGGCAUGGCCGCUGCUCAGAGCGCCGUGGCCCAGGACUUUCAGCAAGGCCAAUUUGCGCCGGAAAGCCCGCAGAGGCCCCCAGUCGCUCACGCGACCUACAACCCAGAUGUCAUGUCUGCCCCGAAGCGGAAGAUAUCAUACGGCCCGGCUCCGGUGACUGGGAUAGUACCUCCCCCAAGGUCCAGCACCGGAUCGCCUGGUGCCAUGUCAGGCCUUAGGUCUCCCAUUAAGGCUUCGGAAAUGGUGCCGCGGCCUUCUUCGGCAUACAGCCCAUCCCCAGUGUCGAUAGCCAAUGUCAUGUCGCCGAACGGCGUGGCAGCAGGUCCCACACCAGCAGUAUCGGGGCGACCCAGGGGCAUGUCGCAGAAGCUGAACCUCAUCCCACCUACAGAUGGUCUUGACGUCCCGAGGUACGGCAUGAACCAACCUGCUCCAAUGAUAGUCCGCAGCCCUGGCGAGGUUGUCAUUAAAACUAUCAAGGACGUCCAGCCGUUGGAGGAACGUCUUGCCAAAUUCCCUGGCCCCCUCAAGGGCAAGUCAAAGAAGAAAGAGACCAUUGCUUGGCUCACAGCCGGCAUUCAAGAGCUUGAGCAAGGUUUGCCAAACCCGGGCCUCCAGUCUCAUUUGUCCCACGAGGACAAGCGAGCUACUGAGCGUGUGCUAUUGUGGAAGGUCUUGAGAACUUUCAUCGAGAAUGAUGGCGUGCUCGAAGGUAAUCCAGCGGUGGAAAAAGCCGUGCGUGACAUCCUCGCCAACACGACAACUGGGCAAAGCGAACUCGCAUCUCCUAUCUACACAACUGGUGCCAACCUCGGAAGCUUGGCCAGCGAACCGCUCGCAACUCAAAUGCAGUCAGACUCCGUAGAUCCGGCGACCGUACAGCAGCUCAAAGAGUCUCUCAUGGCUGGCGAGAGGGAGAAAGCAGUUUGGGAUGCUGCUGACAAACGUCUCUGGGGCCAUGCUCUGCUCAUUGCCAACACCGUCUCACCAGAGCUCUAUCACAAAGUCUCGCAGGAAUUCAUCAAGAAGGAGGUGAAUUUCCCCGGGCGUAGUAACGAAUCGCUCGCGGCUCUCUAUGCCGUCUUGUCCGGCAAUCACGCGGAGUGUGUUGAUGAGCUCGUGCCUACGCAUGCUCGGGCAGGAGUUCAGCUUAUUGCAUCAACGUCGCGUUCGACUCGUGGUGGCGUAGACGGGCUCGAGAAGUGGCGCGAGACCCUGAACCUCGUUUUGAGCAACAGGAGUGCUGGCGAUGUCCAGGCCCUAAACUCACUUGGAAACUUGCUUUCAGAGUAUGGUAGAGCAGAAGCGGCCCACAUAUGCUUCCUCUUCUCUAGGACUGCGACCGUGUUCGGCGGGCUUGAUGACCCUCAGGCCCAAUUUGUGCUUGUCGGAGCGGACCACCGGAAACAGGCGCAGCAAUUCUUCAAGGAAACUGAGGCGCUUCUCCUCAGUGAGGUGUAUGAAUAUGGGCUAAGCCUUUCUGGAGCAUCGCACUUUGCGACGGGAGUUCCUCAUCUUGCUGUCUACAAAUUGCAGCACGCCAUAACUCUUGCCGAAUAUGGCUUCAGGGACAAGGCGAUGCAAUACUGCGACAUCAUCUCGAAGGACAUGAGUGCUCAGACCAGAAGGUCGCCAUAUCACCAUGUCUUGUUGGAGGCAACAGUCGAGGAUUUGCGACAGAGAAUUGCUCAAAGCCCUCACAAGGAAGCCUCGGGCUCUUGGAUCUCCAAACCGAGCAUGAACAAGGUGUCGGAUUCCAUGUGGAGUCGCUUCAACAAGUUCGUGGCUGGUGAUGAGAAUGAGACUCCUGGACAAGGAUCACCGAAGCUUGGCGACGACUCUGGCCCAUUCGGCCGCAUCGCCGGCGGCACGCCGACCAUAAGUCGCCCGGCGUCUGCAUCGAAUGCCACGGGCAUGGAGAUGUUUGGAUCACCGAAUGGACUCGUCGCCGUACGCGCCUGCACCGCCCGCAACAAGCAAUGCGUCACACUACGCCCCGGAUCUAGUGGCGGCUAUGAACCUCCUUCAUAUCAACCUCAGGGUUUCGAACCUCCACCGUACCUACCAAACCCAGAGCCGGACAAUGACAAUGCGGAGGGCACAGACGAAUCCAAGCCAAAGAAGAAGAGUUUCAUGGACGAUGAUGAUGACGACUUUCCCUCUAUGAGAUCGAUGACGCCAGGUGAGAAGAGCAAGGCGGAGAAGGAUAAAGAGAACGAGGAGAUGUUCCGCAAGGUCGCGGAAGAGGAAGCCAAACGAGCCGAAGCUGAGAAAGCGGCCAAAUCCAAGAAGGGAUGGGGUUUGACCUCCUGGUUCGGCGGCGGCGGCGGUUCAAAGAAGGACUCGUUGGAGAAUUCGCCCAACAAACCGAUCCGCGCCAAGCUUGGGGAAAAGUCUAGCUUUGUCUACGAUCCUGAACAGAAGCGCUGGGUCAACAAGGCUGCCGGGGCGGAGGAGAGUGCUCCCAAGUCUGCAACGCCUCCGCCUCCUCGCGCAACUCCUCGACCGGCGGGUGCUGGGACACCCCCACCACCGGGGCCCUCAAGCUCUGCGCCGCCGUUGAGGCCCACGCCGCCGGUAAGCGCUGCCUCAUCGCCCAACCUGUCUGGUCCAUCGGCCGUGCCGCCGUCCAUGAUCCGCUCCGCCUCGAACGCUAGCAGCGUGGCGGGUGGUCCGCCCUCCGCGCCGCCCAGCAGGCCCGCGACGAGCAUGAGCAACGCCAGCAGUAUCGAUGACCUUCUCGGGGCAGCAAUGCCACGCAAGGGCGCCAGCGGCAAGGGCAAGAAGAAGGGCGGGAGGUAUGUCGAUGUGAUGGCUAAGUAG